AUGGUGGCAACAGGAGCCGUGCUGGAGGCAGGCAUACUACUUAGAUUAGCAUACUUAAAUGGCACAACACAGACGGUUGAGCUCCUCGGUGGACGCUUGCUUUCUGGCCGUCUCUACUCAGGCGCCUUUACAGUCAGUCGCUGGAUGAGGUGCCAACUACAGGCGAACAACAGCAACAUCAACAAGAGUCAUCUUGUGAGUCCUGGCCAACAGACAAGCGGCUGGAGGGAACAUGUGCAGCCCGGGUCAAGCUUGGACACUGGUGGUCCAGACUGCAAGGUCAGCAUUAGUCGGCUCUCCAAUGUUCCAAAAGUGGCCAACUUGGAAGCGCACGUUUACGUCUUCGCCUCAAGGGCCCUUUCAUUGGACUUGGACUUAGGAAGAUUCGGGCAUUUCGCGCUUGAGCAUUCAACUAAUGUACUUCAAGUACGCAGCGAAAGAGUUCCAGUUGGCCAACUAAAGAAGAGGAGUGCUGAAUUUAUAUGA